CGUCCGGCACCGGUGGCGCGCCAGUCACAGCCUCCUCGGAGCCGGUGAACCGAGCGGUCUCGAGGGAAGGGCGAGGCAGGGAAAACGAAGGAAGAAGGAGCUCGGGGAGCGGCCGCCAAGUCCACCGCGGCGGAGAAAAAUGGUGUUCGAGUCGGUGGUCGUGGACGUGUUGAACCGGUUCUUGGGGGACUAUGUGGUGAACCUGGACAAGUCCCAGCUCUCUCUGGGCAUCUGGGGAGGUGAUGUGGUCCUCAAGCAUCUUGAAAUUAAAGAAAAUGCCCUGAGUCAACUGGAUGUACCAUUUAAAAUUAAAGUUGGUCAUAUAGGUAAUCUUAAUCUUAAAAUUCCAUGGAAAAACCUUUAUACUCAACCAGUUGAAGCUGUAUUGGAAGACAUUUAUUUACUUAUAGUGCCUUCUUCCGUAAUCAAAUAUGAUGCUUUAAAAGAAGAAAAACAGCUAUUGGAAGCAAAGCAACAGGAACUAAAAAGAAUAGAAGAAGCUAAACGAAAAGUAGCUAAUCAAGAUAAACAGCAGGAGGAGAAACAGGACACUUUUACAGAAAAAUUAGUUACUCAAAUUAUAAAAAAUCUUCAAGUGAAAAUUUCUAACAUCCAUGUUCGUUAUGAAGAUGAUAUUACAAACCGGGAUAACCCAUUGUCAUUUGGUAUUUCCCUUCAAAAUCUUAGCCUUCAGACAACUGACCCAUACUGGGUUCCAUCUUUACAUGAUGACACUGAGAAAUUAUUUCAUAAGUUAAUUCGAUUGGAUAACCUUUUUGCCUAUUGGAAUGUGAAAUCGCAGAUGUUCUAUCUUGAUAAUUAUGAAGAGUCAUUGGACAGCUUGAAGAAUGGUAUUGUCAAUAAAGACAUUGUUCCAGAAGGGUAUGAUUUUGUAUUUUACCCCAUAUCUGCUAAUGCCAAACUUCAGAUGAAUCGCCGAUCAGAUUUUGACUUUUCUGCUCCCAAGAUAAACCUGGAAGUUGAGUUACAUGACAUAGCAAUUCAAUUUAAUAAACAACAGUAUUUCAGUGUUAUGGAGCUUCUUGAAUCAAUUGAUAUGAUGACACAAAAUUUGCCAUAUAGGAAAUACAGGCCUGAUGUACCUGUUCACUACAAUGCCAGAGAAUGGUGGGCCUAUGCUAUACAAGGUAUCCUUGAAGUAAAUGUUGCCCCCCGUUUACGAAUGUGGUCAUGGAAGCAUAUUAAAGCUCAUAGGCAAAAAAUGAAGCAAUACAAAGAACUGUACAAACAAAAACUAACAACUAAGAAGCUAUCUAUUGAACUUCUCCUUGCUUUUGAGGAGUUGGAAAAAUCCCUGGAUGUAUUUAAUAUAACUAUAGCAAGACAACAAGCAGAAGUUGAGGUAAAGAAAGCUGGACACAAGAUUUACAUAGAAGGAACAGAAGAUCUAGAGGAUAACAAAGGAUGGUUUCACUGGCUGUGGGAUUGGUCAGAACCAAAAAGUAAAGGACAACCUGAUACUGAACCUGGAACUACACUUGAAGACAUGUUGACACCUGAAGAAAAAAAAUUACUCUAUGAAGCAAUUGGCUAUAGUGAAACUGCAGUUGAUCCAACCUUGCCAAAAACAUUUGAAGCCAUGAAGUUUUUUCUACACUUGAAAAGUAUGUCUAUUGUUCUAAGAGAAGAAAAACGUGAGCUGUUAGACAUUGUAGUAGAAGAAUUUAGUACUUGGAUUGUACAAAGACCGGGAGCACAAGCAAUUAAAUUUGAAACUAAAAUAGAUUCAUUUUAUGUUACUGGCUUACCAGACCGUUCAAAAAAACCCCGCCUCCUGUCUUCACUAGAUGAUGCUACAUCACUCUUCCAAAUUAUAUUUGAAAUAAAUCCAUUAGAUGAAGUUGUUUCUCAAAGGUGUAUCAUAGAAGCUGAACCUUUAGAAAUGAUAUAUGAUGCAAAAACAGUCAAUAGUAUAGUGGAAUUCUUCAGACCCCCAAAAGACGUACAUCUAAUACAGCUCACCUCAGCAACUUUGACAAAACUUGAAGAAUUUCGUGAUAAAACAGCAACAGGUCUACUGUAUAUUAUUGAAACACAAAAGGUUCUUGAUCUCAAGAUUAAUUUGAAGGCUUCAUAUGUUAUUAUCCCACAAGAUGGAAUUUUUAGCCCUGCAUCAAACCUCCUUCUUUUGGAUCUUGGUCAUCUAAAGGUGACGAGUAAAAGUCGUUCAGAAUUACCAGAUGUGAAGCAAGGUGCCAAACUUGAAGAGAUAAUGCAUAUAGCUUAUGAUUCUUUUGAUGUUCAGCUUACAAGCAUACAGCUGCUUUAUAGCAGAGUUGGUGAAAAUUGGAAAGAAGCAAGAAAACUUAAUGUAUCUACACAGCAUAUUUUGGUACCUAUGCACUUUAAUGUGGAACUCUCUAAGGCUUUGGUUUUCACGGAUAUAAGGAUGCCCAAAUUCAGAAUUUCUGGAACAUUACCAUUGGUUUCUUUACGAAUCUCAGAUAACAAACUACAUGGUAUUUUGGAUCUGGUUGAAAGUAUUCCAAAACCCAAACCUGCAACUGAAGCAUAUGCCCCUGUCAAACCAUUUCAGAAUCAAAUACCUGCUUCUUUGGGAGCAUCACAGUUUCCACAGAAAAGAAUUCCUCUCUUGGAGGUUCCAUGCGUUGAAGACGAUUCAGAGGAAGAAUUUUUUGAUGCACUAUGUAGUCCUUUGGAAGAGCCUGUUCAGUUACCAACUAGAAGUAAAAGCAAUCAACAGAAAAAGUCUCCAAAGGAGGAAUGCCCAAAAAAUAUGACUCAGUGUAAAAUAAGAUUUGAAGUGCCAGAGGUUUUGAUUCAGUUUUAUCACUGUGUUGGAGAUUGUGAACUACCUGUGGUAGAAAUUGAUGUUUUAGGAUUGGGUACAGAAAUUGAGUUUAGAACGCUUGAUUUGAAAGCAAAUGCCUUUGUGAAAGAAUUCUGCUUAAAAUGCCCAGAAUAUUGGGACGAAAAGGGGAAACCAGUUUAUUUGAUUACAACACUGGAUAACACAAUGGAAGACCUUUUAACACUGGAAUAUGUGAAGGCUGAAAAAAAUGUACCUGAUUUUAAAAGUACCUAUAACAAUGUUUUGCAACUGAUUAAGGUGAAUUUUUCCUCUUUGGAUAUUCACUUACACACUGAAGCACUUCUGAAUACAAUGAAUUAUUUUAAUAAUCUCCUUCCACAAUUGGAGGAAACACCAGCCUCAAUUUAUGUUGUGGAAACUGAAGACAAAGGAGAUAAUAAAAAAAUAUCUUUAAAACUACCCAAGAAUGAAGAUACUAUUACCUUGCAGAUUUUAGCAGAGUUAUCAUGUUUACAGAUCUUUAUUAAAGAUCAGAAACGUAACAUUUCUGAAAUUAAGAUUGAAGGGCUUGAUUCUGAGGUGAUUAUGAAACCUUUAGUAACUGAAAUAAAUGCAAAGCUAAGAAAUAUAAUUAUUUUGGAUUCUGAUAUAGCAGCCAUAUAUAAAAAGGCUCUUUAUAUCACUGGAAAAGAAGUUUUCAGCUUCAAAAUUAUCUCUUAUGUGGAUGCAACUGCUGGUUCUGCAUACACAGAUAUGAAUAUUGUUGACAUGCAAGUUAAUUUAACUGUUGGUUGCAUUGAGGUAGUUUUUGUCACAAAGUUUCUAUAUUCUAUACUGGCUUUUAUAGAUAAUUUUCAAGCAGUUAAAGAAGCUUUGGCUGAGGCAACUGUUCAGGCAGCAGGAAUGGCUGCUACUGGUGUAAAAGAACUGGCUCAAAGGAGUUCUAGAAUGGCAUUGGAUGUUAACAUCAAAGCUCCAGUUGUGGUCAUUCCACAAUCUCCAGUUUCAGAAAAUGUUUUUGUUGCUGAUUUUGGACUGAUUACAAUGAUGAAUACAUUUCACAUGAUUACUGAUAGCCAGAGCAACCCUCCACCCAUUAUUGAUUUGAUAACAAUUCAGCUGAGUGAAAUGCGACUAUACAGGAGUCAAUUUUCUAAUGGUACAUACCAGGAUGUCUUGGAUCUGAUGCUGCCACUAAAUCUUGAGGUGAUUGUUGAGCGAAAUUUAUCCUGGGAUUGGUAUCAGGAAGUUCCAUGUUUUAAUGUAAAUGCUCAACUCAAGCCCAUGGAGUUCAUUCUUAGUCAAGAAGAUAUAACAACUAUUUUUAAAACAUUAAAUGGCAAUAUAUGGUAUGAAGAAGGUCAUAGUGCUUCACCUGCAGGAAUAAAAGAUCAAGGGAGUGUUACCAGUGGAGCUACCAAUGCUUCACACCAUGCUGGAGGAACAACUGUCACCACAGCUGCCGUGGUAGAAGUACAUUCACAGGCCUCUCAAAUUAAGACAACACUGAACAUGAGCUUCAGAAGUGAUUAUCUCACCAUGGUACUGUACAGUCCAAAUCCUGACCAGACUUCCUUUACAGAUGUUCGUGAUCCUUCUCUGAAACUUGCUGAAUUUAAAAUGGAGAAUAUUAUAAGUAGUUUAAAAAUGUAUACAGAUGAUUCAAUAUCUUCUUCCUUCUUACUAAAAAACUGUGUUUUAGAUGAUAAAAGACCUCAUGUCAAGAAGGCAACUCCUAGAAUGAUAGGACUUACAGUUGGGUUUGACAAAAAGGACAUGAUGGAUGUAAGAUACAGGAGAAUUAAAGAUACUUGUGUGACUGAUGUAGUCCUUCAAGAAACAUAUAUUUGUGCAAGUGUGGAAUUUCUGCUGACAGUUGCAAAUGUCUUCCUUGAGGCCUACACCACAGGCAUGGCUAUAGAAACCAAUGUGCAAGCAUGGACUACUAAGGAAGAAGUGCCUGUACAGCAGUUAGAGAAGUGGGAAAUUAAUACUCUUAUUAAAAAUCCUGAAAUUGUGUUUGUGGCUGAUAUGACAAGAAAUGAUGCUCCUGCUUUAGUCAUUACCACACAAUGUGAAAUUUGUUGGAAAGGAGACAGUGAAAACAAUAUAAUGACAGCUGCCAUUAAAGAUCUCCAAAUGAGAGCAUGCCCAUUUCUUCCAGUCAAAAGAAAGGGCAAAGUCACUACUGUUUUACAGCCUUGUGACUUGUUUUAUCAAGCUACUCAAAUUGGUACAGAUCCACAAGUGAUUGAUAUAUCAGUAAAAUCCCUGACACUAAAGGUUUCACCAGUUAUUAUAAAUACUGUGAUUACCAUAACUUCAGCACUUUAUACAUCUAAGGAAACCCUCCCAAAAGAAACUGCUUCUUCUACAGCACAGUUAUGGGAAAAGAAGGAUACCAAGAAUUUAAAAAUGUGGUUUCUGGAAGAGCCAAAUGAAGUUGAACACGUAGCCCAAACAACUGAAUUGGUGCCCAAAGGAGAGAUAAUACGAAUGAACAUUGAUUCUAUUUUUAUAGUUCUUGAAGCUGGAGUUGGUCACAGAACAGUGCCUAUGCUUUUAGCAAAGUCAUGUUUUUCAGGGGAAGGCAAAAACUGGAGUACCCUAAUAAAUCUACACUGUCAGCUUGAGCUAGAAGUGCAUUAUUACAAUGAAAUGUUUGGUGUUUGGGAGCCUUUGCUUGAACCCUUAGAAAUUGACCAGUCUGAAGACUUUAGGCCAUGGAAUCUUGGAAUCAAGAUGAAAAAGAAAGCAAAAACAGCCAUUGUUGAGUCAGAUGCUGAAGAAGAACAUUAUAAAGUCCCAGAAUAUAAAACUGUCAUCACUUUCCAUUCAAAAGAUCAACUGAACAUCACAUUGUCCAAAUGUGGCCUUGUAAUGCUAAAUAAUUUAGCCAAGGCUUUUACAGAAGCUGCCACUGGAUCUUCGCCUCCUUUCCUAAGGGACCUAGCGCCAUUUAUGAUUUUAAAUUCUCUUGGACUCACUAUCUCUGUUUCACCAAGUGAUUCUUUUAGCGUACUCAAUGUUUCAAUGGCAAAAGCAUAUGUAUUGAAAAAUGAGGAAAGCCUAAGUAUGGAUUAUGUCCGAACUAAAGACAAUGAUCAUUUUAAUGCAAUGACAAGCCUAAGCAGCAAGCUCUUCUUCAUCCUUCUUACACCUGCUAACCACUCUACUGCUGAUAAAAUACCUUUAACAAAAGUGGGACGACGUCUUUACACUGUAAGACACAGAGAGUCUGGAGUUGAAAGAUCUAUUGUUUGUCAAAUUGAUGCAGUGGAAGGAAGUAAGAAGAUAACAAUUCGCUCCCCAGUGCAGAUUAGAAAUCAUUUUUCAGUCCCACUCUCUAUUUAUGAAGGGGAUACUUUAUUGGGAAUAGCUUCACCUGGAAGUGAAUUCAACAUACCAUUAACAUCUUACCGGUCACUCCUUUCUAUUAGGCCAGAAGGCGAGGACUAUCAGAAGUGUGAAGGAAUUGACUUUGAAGAUAUUAUUAAAAAUGAUGACACUUCUAUAAAGAAGAAAUGUAGACCGAUAAACCCUGCCAAGAAACCAUUUGUUAUAAAUGUUGUCCCAGAAAAAGAUAAUUUGACCUCUCUGUCAACAUAUUCAGAGGAUGGUUGGGACUUACCAUACAUAGUGCAUUUGUGGCCACCUAUCCUACUCCGAAAUCUUCUUCCUUACAAAAUUGCUUACUAUAUAGAGGGAGUUGAACACAAUGUUUGUACUUUAGAUGAAGGACAUUCAGCCCAUAUUUGUGCUGUGCAGGUGGAUAAAGCCAAACUACAUUUAAAAUUGCUUGACUAUCUUAAUCAUGAUUGGAAAAGUGAAUAUCAUAUAAAACCUAAUCAACAAGACAUCAGUUUCAUCAAUUUUACCUGUGUUACAGAAAUAGAAAAGACUGAGUUAGAUAUCGCUAUCCUUGUGACUUACAAUAUUGGGCAGACAGUUGUGGCAUUUCAUAGUCCUUAUUGGAUGGUCAAUAAAACUGGUCGAAUGUUACAAUACAAAGCAGAUGGAAUUCAUCGAAAGCAUCCACCUAAUUAUAAAAAACCAGUUCUUUUUUCUUUUCAGCCAAAGCAUUUCUUUAAUAACAAUAAGGUUCAACUUAUGGUAACUGAUAGUGAAUUGUCAGAUCAAUUUUCCAUUGAUACUGUUGGCAGUCAUGGCGCUGUUAAGUGUAAAGGCUCAAAAAUGGAUUAUCAAGUUGGUGUCACUAUAGACCUCAGCAGUUUUAACAUUACUAGAAUUGUGACAUUUACUCCUUUUUAUUUGAUUGAAAACAAAAGUAAAUAUCAUGUAUCAGUGGCAGAAGAGGGAAGUAAUAAAUGGCUCCCUCUUGAUUUGGAGCAGUGUAUCCCCUUUUGGCCAGUGGAUGCUUGUAGUAAGCUUCUUAUUCAAGUUGAAGGAAGUGAAGACCCUCCCCAAAAGAUAUAUUUUAAUAAGCAAGAAAAUUGUAUUUUAUUGCGUCUGAAUGAUGAGCUUGGAGGUAUUAUAGCAGAAGUUAAUUUGGCUGAGCAUUCAACAGUGAUUAAAUUUUCAGAUUAUCAUGAUGGAGCUGCUACAUUUCUGUUAAUAAAUGACACUACGAAUAAUGAUAUUCAGUAUCGCCAAAGCUCUCUCAAGGAAAAUGAAGAUUCCCUUCCUCCUGGAAAAGCAGUCUUUUAUACAUGGGCUGAUCCAGUGGGUUCUAGAAAGUUGAAGUGGAUAUGUGGAAAAAGCCAUGGUGAAGUAACACAAAAGGAUGAUAUGAUGACACCUAUAAAUUUGGGGGAAAAGACCAUUUAUUUAGUUUCAUUCUUUGAAGGCUUACAGCGCAUUAUUUUAUUCACUGAAGAUCCAAGAGUAUUUAGAGUUACAUAUGAAAGUGAGAAAGCAGAGUUAGCAGAACUAGAAAUUGUAUUGGCAUUACAAGAUGUUGGAAUUUCACUAGUCAACAAUUACACAAAGCAAGAAGUAGCCUACAUUGGCAUUACAAGUUCUGACGUGGUUUGGGAGACCAAGCCCAAGAAGAAGUCAAGAUGGAAGCCAAUGAGUAUAAAGCACACUGAGAAAUUAGAGAAAGAAUUUAAAGAAUAUACCGAAUCUUCGCCUUCAGAAGAUAAGGUUGUUGAAUUGGACACCAAUACUCCGGUUCGCUUCACACCAAGUGGUACUAACAUGAAAAUUCUGCAACCACAUGUAAUAGCUAUACGUAGAAAUUAUCUUCCAGCAUUAAAUGUAGAAUAUAGCACAUCUGCACAUCAGUCAUCAUUUAGAGUUCAAAUUUACAGAAUACAGAUCCAAAAUCAGAUUCAUGGUGCUAUAUUUCCAUUUGUGUUUUAUCCUAUUAAACCUCCCAAAUCAGUCACCAUGGACUCAGCUCCAAAACCAUUUACAGAUGUCAGUAUUGUCAUGAGAUCUGCAGGGCACUCCCAGAUAUCACGUAUUAAGUAUUUCAAAGUGUUGAUCCAAGAAAUGGAUCUCAGGUUAGAUCUUGGAUUUGUAUAUGCUCUCGCAGAACUGAUGACAGAAGAAGUGGUAUCAGAAAACACAGAGGUUGAACAUUUUCAUAAAGACAUAGAAGCUUUCCAAGAAGAUUGUAAAACAGAUACAUUUGUAGAUUCUUCACAAGUCAGUCUCUAUGAAUACUUUCAUAUAUCUCCUAUCAAGUUGCAUUUAAGUGUUUCACUGAGUACUGGUAAAGAAACCAAAGAUUCAGAACAACAUGGAGGAUUGAUUGCAGUUCAUUCUUUAAAUCUUUUACUGAAGAGCAUUGGUGCCACUCUUACGGAUGUACAAGAUGUAGUUUUUAAGCUUGCUUUUUUUGAACUCAACUAUCAGUUCCAUACAACAUCUGAACUUCAGUCUGAAGUAGUAAGACACUAUUCAAAACAGGCCAUUAAACAGAUGUAUGUACUUAUUCUUGGACUUGAAGUUUUGGGAAAUCCCUUUGGUUUGAUUAGAGAAUUUUCUGAAGGUGUAGAAGCAUUUUUUUAUGAACCUUAUCAGGGAGCCAUCCAGGGUCCUGAAGAGUUUGUGGAGGGCAUGGCACUAGGACUAAAGGCACUAGUUGGUGGAGCUGUUGGUGGAUUAGCUGGUGCUGCCUCCAAAAUCACCAAUGCUAUGGCUAAGGGGGUAGCAGCUAUGACUAUGGAUGAAGAUUACCAACAGAAGAGAAGAGAAGCCAUGAAUAAGCAACCAGCUGGCCUUAGAGAAGGCAUCACUCGUGGAGGGAAAGGCCUAGUUUCUGGUUUUGUAAGUGGCAUAACAGGAAUCGUUACCAAGCCAAUCAAAGGAGCUCAAAAAGAAGGGGCAACUGGUUUCUUUAAAGGCGUUGGGAAAGGUUUGGUUGGAGCAGUGGCAAGGCCAACUGGAGGCAUCAUAGACAUGGCUAGCAGCACGUUUCAGGGAAUAAAAAGAGCCACAGAGACUUCUGAUGAAGUAGAAAGUCUGCGACCCCCUCGGUUCUUUAAUGAAGAUGGCGUUAUUAGACCUUAUCGGUGGAGGGAUGGUACUGGAAAUCAAAUGUUGCAGGUCAUGGAAAACGGGAGAUUUGCAAAAUACAAAUAUUUCACACAUGUCAUGAUCAAUAAAACAGAUAUGUUCAUGAUAACCAAAAGUGGUGUAUUGUUCGUAACAAAAGGUACAUUUGGUCAGCUUACAUGUGAAUGGCAGUAUAGUUUUGAUGAGUUUACUAAAGAGCCAUUCAUUGUUCAUGGGAGAAGAUUGCGUAUUGAAGCUAAGGAACGAGUUAAGUCUGUUUUCCAUGCCAAAGAAUUUGGAAAGAUAAUAAACUUCAAGACUCCAGAGGAUGCAAGGUGGAUUCUCACCAAACUAGAAGAAGCAAGAGAACCUUCUCCCAGCCUAUGAUGGAGAACACUGCCUGAAGACUCACAGCAAUAAACCAUUACAGUUGCCAUCUUGUACCAUCCAAAACCUGUUUACGAUGUAUAGUACAGAAGUAAUUUCAAGUACCAAAAAAAAAAAAAUCAACUAAAACAGCUACAUAAUUAGGAUAUUUCAACUCUUUUGGGGAUUCCUUUGAUUUUCUAACUUGAAUCAUGCAUCUGAUUAAA